GCAGGGGAAACGCCUCUCAUGCAAGCAUGCAUGGUAGACAACGAUGCCAGGGCGGAAGAGAUUGUGAAGAUUCUGUUGGACCAUGGAGCAGAUGUAGUUGGGGCGGACAAGAACGGCCUAACAGCCCUCAUUGGGGCAGCAGAAAAAGGCCACUCGAGUGCGGCAGCACUGCUGUUGGAAAAGGGGGCAAUGGUGGACCAGGCCAACAAGGUGAGACAGCGAUGCCUGUCUUCCUCCUCAACAGGGCCAGCGUAUGUGCAUGUACUUGUGUUCUGUCCAGAACCUGAACAUUGGCACUGCUGCCUGCUCAGGAAUUGCAUCCAAUUGGUAGAGCCCCGUUGUUGA